GUCAAGGGCUUCGGGCUCUUCGCGACGCGGCGCCACCGGGCGGGCAACGUCCUCGGCGAGUACGUCGGCGAGGUCAUGCCCCGUGUCAUGCCGGCGCGGCGCUACGCGGAGCUGCGGAACUCGCGCGACGAGAAGCACUCCUACUUCAUGGCGCUGGGCAAGGGCGACGUCAUCGACGCGAGCCGCUACGGCGGCCUCACGCGGUUCUUGAACCACUCGUGCGCGCCGAACUGCGAGGCCGAGAGCUGGAUGGUCAACGGCGAGAUGCGCGUCGCGAUCGCCGCGCUCCGCGACAUCGCGAAAGACGAGGAGAUCACCUUCGACUACAGCUGGUCCAGCGGCGACGCGCGGACGGCGGCGCAGCCGUCGAAGGUGUCGAGCGACCGGCGGUGCCGCUGCGGCGCGCCGAACUGCCGCGGCGUGCUCGGCGACCGCGAG